GAAAAAGAUAGCAGAUGUAUGUAUGUAUUGAAAAUAACUUCUAUUAUAUGGAGAACUGUAAACUCUCUAUCGUUCAGUCAUCAGUUAACGACUCAAACAACGAAAUUUGCGGGUUCGAAAUUUGCUCAUCCUCGCGUUGGCUUCGUAACAAACUACAGUGUUACUUUCCAGUGUCUAGUAUCUGGUCUGAUAUGUCAAAUCCUGCUGACCGUUCAAAUUAUCUUCAAGACAGCAGUAGUGAUACUGAGACUGAUUGCAAGGAAACUGAUGGACGUGGACGAUUACGCGUUUGUAAAAAUAAUUUGAGAAUGCGCCCGACAAUAGGAAUAGGAAAGAGUCAACCUCAGAAUCACGGAACUCAGACAAGUAUGGGAGGAUUGUCGGGGAACCAGCAAAGCGAUGAUCGCAUAACGCUGAUUGUCGACAACACGAGAUUCAUCUUGGACCCCUCGUUGUUCACCGCUCACCCAAACACGAUGUUGGGUCGGAUGUUCAGCUCGGGGAUAGAUUUCGCUCAGCCGAACGAGCGAGGGGAGUAUGAAGUCGCGGAGGGAAUUUCCGCGAUGGUUUUCCGCGCGAUCCUCGAGUACUACAAGGGAGGAAUUAUUCGCUGUCCGCCGACGGUCACUGUUCAAGAGCUGAGAGAAGCUUGUGAUUAUCUGCUGGUACCUUUUGAUGCCAAUACUGUCAAGUGUCAGAAUUUACGAGGAUUAUUACAUGAGCUGUCUAAUGAAGGCGCCCGCUGUCAAUUUGAAGUAUUUCUAGAGGAUUUAAUUUUACCGCUCAUGGUCAAUAGUGCUAGACGGGGAGAUCGAGAAUGUCAUAUUGUGGUUUUGCUUGAAGAUGAUUUGGUUGAUUGGGAUGAAGAAUAUCCCCCACAAAUGGGUGAAGAAUAUUCCCAAACUGUAAAUAGUACAGCGAUGUACCGAUUUUUCAAGUAUAUAGAAAACCGUGACGUAGCGAAGCAAGUAAUGAAAGAGCGUGGAUUAAAAAAGAUCCGUCUUGGUAUCGAGGGCUACCCGACUUACAAAGAAAAAAUAAAAAAGCGAGCGGGUGGACGUGCCGAGGUCAUUUAUAAUUACGUCCAGCGACCUUUUAUCCACAUGUCUUGGGAAAAAGAGGAGGCCAAGAGUCGUCACGUCGACUUCCAGUGUGUUAAGUCCAAGUCGGUGACCAACCUGGCCGAGGCGACUGCCGACCCAGCGCUGCUCGACGCCGCGGGUAACACACAAGCCGUCGAGGAUCUUCCUCAGCCUGAAGUGAUCGCUGUCGGGUCGGAUCCUGACGCCGAAGGAGCCAUGGCUUUGAUGCCCGACAUCGAUCCUCGCCGUCUUCUUUCCGAGGACCUUAUGUGACUCGGCGUCUCCACGCGAUGCCAUCCAUGUCAGCACAACCACAACUACAAAGACCACUCCGCACUGCGUUAAAUUAUUAAUUAUUAAUUAUUGAAGAUUUUACAUUAGACUUCAAUACUGUACUACCAAUAGAUAGACACUAACACAUGUUUAUAUUUAUAAUUAAUUUAUAAAUUACUGUAAAUAACUUUUCUAUUCAGUCGUAUCAUAUUAUACUAUAUUACAUUACUUAUAAUUGUAAUAUUAGCUUUCACAUUACAUAUCCAGGUUUAAAUAUUAGAGUUUACG